AUGGCGAUUGACAUUAUUUCUGUAACUCAGUCCAUCAGUGAGAACAGCAACUUAGUUUCCAAAUAUGGAAGAUUUGAACUGGGUUUCUUCAGUCCUGGUAGUUCCAAAAGGAGGUAUGUCGGAAUUUGGUACAAGAAUAUUCCAGGCAAAACUGUUGUUUGGGUGGCUAAGCAUCAGAACUCAAUCAAUGAUUUUUCAAGGACAUCAAUGAUGAACAGAACCACCCAUCUUAUCCUUCUAGUACUAAGAAAUGAGAAAGAUGACAACUCACAGAACUAUUUGUGGCAGAAUUUUGAUCAUCUUAGUGGUACUUUAUUACCAGGUAUGAAGCUGGGAUGGGAUUUGAAAACUGAUCUUGAUUGGCAUCUAGUAUCAUGGACAAACCCUGAUGACCCUUCUUCGGGAAACUGCCUGCGGGGUAACAGUUAUAAUCUCCAAUCUAUCAUGUGGAAAGGCUUAAAGAAUGCAAAUGGUGAGCGUAACGUGAAGAUGGUUGUAGAGGUUUUGGCUGUCGUUUUUAUGGUAUGUGGGAUGUUCUUGCUUGCUCAUUAUAUUUGCGAAGUCAGAGCAAGGAAAGGCUUAGGAGGUACCAGUGAAAGACUAAAGAAUCAGAACAAUGAAGAUGAAACGGAGAACAUGGAGGUGCUAUUCUUUAACCUAGAUAAGAUUAUUAAGGCAACUAGCAACUUUUCAAGUGGUAACAAGCUCGAGGAAGGCAGCUUUGAACCUGUUUACAAGACUUUGGAAUGGCUAGUAACUUUUAAUGGAGAUCAAAGUGAAGGGAAUGCAAAGAGAAUGGUUGGAACAUAG